CCGACCGCGUCAGUUUGGAUCGCUCCGCCGCGAACGGCCCAUCACACAUCGGUGGCGGCAGCGCGCGCUCCUACUGAACUCUCCAUCACAUCGGCGGCGGUGCGAGGUAACGUCAAGCAGCAGCAGCAGCGGCGGCGGCGGCGACGACGGUUGCGAUCACGACAACGACCACGGUAACGGGCAAACAGCCGAUAUCGUUUUUGAUGGUCAGCACGGUGUAACCUACCGUGGUGAUCAGAUUAACCGGGAACGAUCUAGUGAUUUUUUUUUCUCCUCUACCGCAAUACAGAUUUCAAACGAUGCGCGUUUGUUGCGUUUUAAUUGUGUGCUCCAAUAGCGCGGUGUGAAGUUUUCUGUAACGUUUUUAUAUUUUCCGCGAGCGCAGUAAACAUAACAGCUACGUAACCUACUACGUGCGUAGACGUUUUUCUUAUCGUUUUUCUUUUACCGCGACCGAUAAUGUCCCGAAAACGCAUUUGAACGACGGCGCAGCAGUUGCAGCAGCCACCUGACGUCUUCGGGGUUUCGUCGCUUAUACCGGCACUCUUCUGCUCCCAGUACUGUAGUGUGACAUACUCCGCACAAAUAUGAUACAAGAAAACCGAUUUGAGACGUACGGUUUGCCUGCGUCCUUCAUCAAGAAUAUGAAGGAGAAAACUGCUGUAGACAAGUCAAGACAUUUAACUGCAGAAGAAGCUUUAUGUGAGAACAAAAGUUUACAUUUUCGUGAAAUGUAUGAACUUCAAUUCGUCAAGACUGAAGUAUUGCAAUGUCGGGGAUGCUCAGAUCCAAUUAAAGAUAGAUUUUUAUUGAAAGUUUCCGACAAGAUUUGGCACGUAUCUUGUCUGAGGUGUUGUGUAUGCAAUCUGGUUUUAGAGGAUGAACCAUCGUGUUUUAUUAAAGACGAUUCAAUUUACUGUCGUCAGGACUAUGCCAGGAGUUUCGGUACAGUGUGCUCAAAAUGUUCGAAAGGCAUAUCCUCGUCGCAUUGGGUGCGGAAAGCCCGGGACCACGUGUAUCAUCUGGCUUGCUUCCGAUGUGACGCUUGCGAUCGACAACUGAAUACCGGAGAGGAGUUUGCUUUACACGAAGGUCGCGUUUUAUGUAAACCACAUUAUUUGGAUAUCGUCGACGGUGGCACUACCAGUUCAUCAGAGGGUGGAGAUUCAGAAAGUUAUCAUAGCAAGAAUAAAGCAAAACGAGUUCGGACUACAUUCACAGAAGAACAAUUGCAGGUGUUACAAGCCAAUUUUCAAUUGGAUUCUAAUCCCGACGGUCAGGAUUUAGAAAGGAUAGCACAAAUCACCGGACUAAGUAAAAGAGUAACUCAAGUAUGGUUUCAAAACUCCAGGGCAAGGCAGAAAAAACACUUACAUACAGGAAAAGUGAAAAGCACUCCAUCCGGAUUACUUCACCAUCAAAACAGUUCCGAAAACCAUUUCAAUCGACACAUAAACCUACACCUAACGUAUUCAUUUCAACAGCCGCCAUCGUCGAACCAUUCACACCAAAGAGGAUCUCCUAUUUACAUUCCUCAGAACCCAGCCUCUGAAACAUCGUCGCUCGAUGACCUGUCUCAGGACUCCAUCAUGAUGUGUUCAGUGGGCAGAAACAGCGAUCCGGUAUGAGACGAAGACCGCGGUGGUAUCGACAACCGUCCACCACCACCGCCGCCGCCGCCCUAUUGAUGUGUAUGUCGCGAGAGUGCGCGAGAGUGGCCUGAUGAGGACCGAAACCGUCUUAAACGAGAAGCAACGUGUUUUUAAAUAUUAUUUUCACUGUGAUAUAUAAUUGUAAUAAUUUGGGUUAAGGUUUGAUUUCCGGCGCACGCUUUGGUAUGUUUUCCAUCCGUCGCGUAAAUGUAGAAAGAACAUUAUUAGACAGGGAACUAUACACGAUCGGUUACUGCAGUCAUAACGGUUUUAGUGGUCACGGAAAACGUAAUAAUAAUAUCCCGAAUUUGACGACACAAGAGUUGCAAUAGAAAUAAAACCGAAAUUGAAUAUAACCAGUGGCGUCACGAAAUUUUUGGAUCGCAACUAGUCCAAAAACCCCAAGGCUAUAACUACAACACUACCCAUCCGUGGUGUUAUAUUUAUCUCUUAGACUGUUAUCAUUUAUCAUAUAUUUACAUUUUAACUAACGCUUUAUUGAACAGGAAUCGCACAGCACAAGGUCCAUUUACCUGCACGUGUAAUAUAAACCGAAGUCAAUAAUAUACUCCGCAUGUAGACAUUAAACCAUUGUCUGGCUACCGUGGCCUGUACUAUGCAAAUAGUUCCCACCAUUUUCUAAAAUCUAUCCACUAUCAACCAACACUGAACCCACUCAAAAGUUGUUGGGAACAAUAGGCUAGAAAAAACGACAUCGUGACGCCACCGGACGCAACGCCAUCUUUAACACUUUCAUGAUUAGUAGAUGAGAGCAAACUUUUUUAUUAUAAUGUUUACCGUAAUACGCGUGAUUCGCGCCCGUCCGCCGCGAAACAGUUGACUGGUGGUUCAACUCGGCCCGUGAAAGCUGCCGGAAUCGAAGAACGAAAAAAAUACAUACUAGUGUUCCAUCGCGUCCCCACCGGUCCUUAUGUUGAUGUAUACAUAGUUACCAUUUUUUUUUUUUUUGGUUAAGCUCAAGGAAAAGUCAUUUUCGUGCGCUUUUCUACGGAAAACUUUUUACUUUUAGUCGGAUAUUAUACUUUUUUUUAAACUAUCCAUGCAUACAUAAUAAUAUACUAUAUAAAUACAUGUAGGUACCUAAAUAAUACGCGUACACUUUAAUAUAGUUAGACGAUCACGUUUUUCAAUAGUAGUACGUAGAGAAAUAUUAGAGAACAUGUUUUAAAAAAUCAAAAACUACUUAUUAGUUUUAUCAUAAACCAUACUGUAAUAUAACAUCACAAUUUUGUGUUUAUGGGUAAAACGAUUUUGUUUUUGUUCUAUAAGUUUGCAGAAACUUUAUUACUUUAUGUACGGAGGAUUUCUGAAAUUUUGUGUACCUUUUAAUAUUUUAGAUGUAGUUUAUUUGUAAAUCAUUGGUUGUAUUCGAUAGUUUUCUCCGAGUCGAAUAGAUAAAUAAAACAAAAAUAAUGCUUUUUUUCAGCCGUCCGUUACCCAUACACAAAUUUAUAUAUAUAUAUAUUUAUGUAAUGUAUAAAGUAUUCCUAUAAGCAAACUUUACUCAUAUAUUCCCCAAAACCACCGAAAAUAUUUUAUUGUUAUCUAAAUGAAAUUAAAUAAUUUUAUUAGUUUUAAGUGUCUUUUUACUAUCACUAAAACAGCAUCUCACGUAGUAUUAU